GUCGUACAAGUCCUCUUCCACGUUGUCUCUGAAUUUGUUGCACAGCACAGGGAAGGCGCCGCGUCUUCCAAUUUUUUUUUUUUUUGGUUCUUUUCUUACGCCUUGUGGUUGGGUUGGGUCACAUCGGCGCAGCCGCAGAGAAAAGAGAUACUGUCCGUCGGAGUGCGUAUGGAAAAUGGGGAAGUGAUGAAUUUCGUUCAAGGGUAUUUGCCAGUAGUAGUUCGGUCGUCGUCGUCGUCCAUGUUGUUGUGGCCGUCCCGAGUGGUGGAAACCCUGGAAAAACUGUCAGGGGGCCCACAAAAUAGCAAAGUGGACUCAGGAGAGUCUCUCUUUCUCGCAAUUUCAGACCUGAGGCACAACCUUUCCCUCCGACAAGGCCUUGCUUCCUCCGCUGGACAUGGCUACACCCUCUUCUUCGACCAAUUAAUGUCUCGUGGACAGGCAGAGAAGUGGUUCGGAGAGGUAGUCCCGGAAUUGGCCAGUUUACUACUGCGGUUGCCAUCUCUCUUAGAAGCCCACUAUCAGCGUCCGUGUCCACAAUCUCAUCCAUAUAAUAAAUGUGGUCCUAGCCAUGGCCUAAAAACCUCUCUUCGCCUACUGGAGUCCCAGCAAUCGGGAAUGGUGAUCAUGACCCAGGAACUGAUCGGUGCUCUUCUUGCGUGCUCCUUCUUUUGUUUGUUUCCAAUAACUAAUAGAGCAGCGAAACGUCUUCCAACCAUCAACUUUGAUUAUUUGUUUGCGAGUUUAUAUGACAGUUAUACUGCAAAACAGGAGAACAAAAUCAAAUGCAUCACACACUAUUUUGUGAGGAUAUGCACUUGCAUGCCUGUGGGUGUUGUCUCAUUUGAGCGUAAAGUACUUUCAUUGGACGAUAAUCCUUCUUGUAAUUAUUAUCCAAAGGCUGAUUUUUGGAGCAGGUCCUCUAUGCCUCUUUGCCACUUCAAGGUUUACAUGUCUGGCUUCAUAGAAGAUCAAUCUUGUGAGGCUAUUGAGGUGGAUUUUGCAAACAAGUAUCUUGGGGGUGGCACUCUUCAUCGGGGUUGUCUACAGGAAGAGAUCCGUUUCGUGAUUAACCCGGAACUAAUUGCUGGAAUGCUUUUCUUGCCUUCCAUGGCAGACAAUGAAACUAUAGAAAUUGUGGGUGCAGAAAGGUUUUCAAAUUAUUCAGGGUAUGGUUUUUCCUUCUGUUUUGCAGGGGAUCAUGUUGACCAGAGGGAUUUUGAUUUAGUAGGAAGACGGAAAACAAGAAUCAUUGCAAUGGAUGCACUUUCCUCUCCAGGAGAGAGACAAUUUGGACUUGAUUGUCUGAUCCGGGAGAUUAACAAGGCAUUCUGUGGCUUUUUUGAUCAAUCUAAAUUUCAGCAGUAUCAGGAACUGUUUCACAGUGAUGAAUUUUGUAAAGCUUCACCUUGUCAAGAUCUUAGUCAAGAUCUUAAACAUCCUGUGGACAUCUUGAGGAAUUCUAUUUUGUUUCAUGAAGCUCCAGCAAUGUUGUCUGGAUCAGACAAAGGAAUGUCUCUGGAUCAACUAAUGAAUAGUCUUGAAGAAAAAUGCAGUCAGCUUGUGGACCAUGAACAUCAAAUAGGUAUUGCAACAGGGAAUUGGGGCUGCGGUGCUUUUGGGGGAGACCCUGAACUUAAGGCCACACUACAAUGGCUUGCUGCAUCUGAGGCACUAAGACCUUUCAUCUCAUACUACACAUUUGGGGUGGAGGCAUUGCAGACUCUUGAACAGGAAGAGAAAAGGGAUUCUUCUUGAGCUAUUAAAAGUGUACUAGUUCAAAAAUUGUGGAUGACACAAAAGUCGAACCAAUAUUUUCCACACCUGCACUGCACUUGUCAUUUUUUAUGCAUGAGCAUUUAUGGUAAUUCUUUGAGAUGCUGCCUGGACUCUGGAGCUUAUAAUCUCUGCCAUCAGACCAGGAAAGCACUGCGAGGCUAAGGAUAGGUGGGGUUGCCAUUUAAUUUUGCACCUCGUUGAUGUUGCCUUGUAGGAGCUCCUUGAGGUCAUUAAACCAAAAAGGCAUGGUUUCUUUGUUUAGCAUUAGCAUUAUGAUGAGGCCGCCUUUCUCCCACGGAGGGGUCCGUCUGGGUCAAACAACAUGUUUAAUUUGCUUUCCUCGCGCUAGCUUGCAGUUGACCUCUUUUUUCAUAUAACAUCUUG